UUCCCCCACACCCUUUAAUUACUUACUGGCCGCAAGCAUUUUGCGUCUCCCGGUCACCAUGGCAACCGGGUGGAAACCCGGAAAUGCGCCAAAACAUUUCCAAUUUAUCUGCCACGGUCGCGCGCAGGUCCAGCUAUUUACCUGUAAUUGAGGCUAAUGGGUUCGUAACGAGGCGGUGUGUUGCAGGUGCAUUUCCAUCAGACGGCGGCGAUCAAUUUUAACCCGGUUUUGCAACCCGCUUCCCGCAUAAACAGCUUAGGGAGCGUCUGCGCCACAAUAUAGGCACCGAUCUGCUGGUUCGUGGCGGACUUUAUUUUAUAAUGUACAUAUAUGCUGGUGGUACAUUUACUAAUUGAUUGACGAGAGGAGGGAGAGAGAGAAAAAAAUAACAUCCACAGAUCCGCGCUUGUCCAUUGGGCGGAAUCCUCCAUGCGCCUGUCAGUGAGCGGGUAGCGUUGGCUGAGACCAUAGGCGUGGUUUUGGACAGAGAUGCUCCGUCUGCUCCCGCUGGGAUCCCCACCUGCCCUCACGCCGAGUCUGUCACAGCGCCAGCUGGCGUCCUCCUCUGCUCCACGCACCACAACACAACACACUUCUGACUACUUUUUCAUCUGUGCCACACAGGAGACGCGCUCGUCGUGUUUUGUCCAGGCUGUGGUGUGAUUGCAGAUCAGAGGGGACUCCCGGUUCGAUCGCCCUCCCAUCCCCUCCCCAGAUCGGCGGCGAAGAAGGCGCGAAGCCCCGUUUGGUGGAGACAGCGAGGAGCGGACGGCGCGUCGCUUGGCCUCCAGGCAGCAGCAGCAGCGGCGGCGGCGGCGGCAGGGGGAAGGAAGCACGGCGGAGACCCUGGUUCAUGUGUAGGGCUGCUCGACGCGCAAGUCGUGCCCGCCGCGGUUCACCAGGAUGGAAAAAACACGCAGAAUACCCAGGAGAUCGCUCUGGCUCGGCUUACUUGUGGCGGCGGCUGUUGCACUUUCCGCGGAGGGCAAGAGAGCCAGGCAGCAGCGCUGUCCCAUGUCCUGCACAUGCACCAAAGAUAACGCGUUGUGCGAAAGCGCAGUGUCGAUUCCUCGCAGCUUUCCCCCCGAUGUCACAUCUCUAUCAUUUGUCAAGUCGGAAUUCACCGAGAUCGCUAAGGAGAGCUUUAUGCACACCCCCGCCCUGCAUCUCCUCCUGUUCACAGCAAACAACCUGGAAUCUAUCAACGAGGACGCCUUCCUUGGACUUCCCCAUCUCGAAUAUCUGUUUAUAGAAAACAACCAAAUCCAGUCGAUAUCGCCGUAUGCUUUCCGGGGCCUGAAAACCCUGGUGCACCUGUAAGUACUUAUGUUUCUGC